UCCUUCUGCCGCAGCCUCCCGAAGUGCUGGGAUUACAGCUUCUGGUCUUCCUGGAUCUCUAUCAUGGUUCAAGACAUGGCUCUAUCUUGUCCCACAAGGAAUCUCAGCCUGAACAUCCAGGUGAUGAAAUCCUGAGUGCCUGAGGACAAUUAAGGACAUUCGGGAAUCAAGGUUGAUGUCUAUGCUACUCUCAGGGACGUUGACAAAAGCUCUCGGCCUGGGAGAGAUGAUGCUAAAAUUGCCUGCCUCCCUAGGCCACCUGGUCUCUCCAACAUCUGUCGAGAAUCUGGCUCCGAGACUCUUACAGCUCCAGGACAGUGAGCACCGCACAGGACGGGUGUCAACGCUGCAGACAACUGUGCCACACGGGGUGUGCUCAGGGGAGCUGUGCUGCAGCCUCGUCAGCUUCCAGGCUCUUCCAGGCUGUCCCUGUUCUUAGAGGGAUGACAGAGGAUGCCUGGGACUCAUUUCCUUAACAAGGAUUUCCAGUUGCCCAAACUGACGAGACUUUAUGCCGUGUCCAGCACAAAGAGUGCUUGCAAAUUGGUGGUGAGGACAUUGCCCUCAUUCACCCCAUGCCGCUCUCAGCACCGAUCCUCUGCACCUCAGUCAGCAGAGCUCAUGGAGCUGCUCGUCCAUCCUCUCUCUUUCAUCCUCCUUGAACAGCAGGCGGGGACGGUUGGGAUUUGUUAUAAAAAUGGGAACAACUACCCAGGAGGCUGAGGCCGGAGGAUAGAUUGAGUCCAGGAGGUCGAGGCUGCUGUGACCUGGAUCACACCACUGCACUCUGGCCUGGGCAACAGAGCGAGACCCUGUGUCAAAGAAACGAAAGACAAAGAUAGGAACACCAUCUCCAUUUAUUUCUUUUGUUACUCCAAAAGCAAAAUGAGGGUUUCAGAUUUGCUUUGUUUUUUCACCUGGAAGGUUUGACGUGGGCACAAUCUUCUUUUCCCCCUUCCCUUCCAGUUCAGCGUCUCCAUCCAGUGUGGUCCCCCUGCAUCAGGCAUGACAGUGCUCCCUGCGGAACAGGGGAGCCAUCAGGAAUAGGUCCAUAGACGUGAAGGUGCUAGCCAUAUUCUCCAUCACUUUCACCUCCUCCCUCCCAGCCAGCCCUUUCUUGCCCUGUGUCCCACCCUUCAGAACUCUAUGGUGGUGGAGCUAAUGCCGCCAAUCCUCAAACAUCCAAGUUGAUAAUCAUUCCAUAUUUCACUCCUGUGGAGGGAAUGUGCAUUUUAUCACGGUCUCUGAAGCAUUCGUAUUAGGAAUUAAACUCUAGUGCUAAAGGGUCAGGUGCAUUCAGUAGCAGGUAAGUAGGCAAUGCAUGUGGGGAAGGCACAGUUGGCCCCUGGGCUGGUCUCAUAUGUGUGGCUGUCCAGGUGAUAAUAUUUCAAAGAGUAGUGAAGGGUCCUUUGUCCUCACUGCCCUGCUGCUGUUCUCUCUUAUCCUGCCUGAACCAGCCUGGACUUUCAACGAAGUCCGUGCAAAGACUCCAUCCCUAGAUGAUCACUUUGUCUGGUAUGUUUCUGCAUUAAGUUGUUGAACAACAGUGCAAGUAAAUUAAGGUCCAUGAAAAAAGAAGCCAUUUGAAUGAUGAGCUUGCUACAAUAAUCUAUGUGCACAAAGAUACCCAGAUUGGCUGGCUCUUUAGGGGUUGGGUCUUCAGAAUAAGCAUCUGGGUGGCUCGGCCACGUGAGUCUCUAUUCACUGGGCCACCAGCAGGAUGGCCAGGGCAGGAGCUCAAAUGCUUUCUGGGAGGGGCUUUUGGUGGCUUGUUCCCCCACAACAUACAACCACUGGUUUUUAUGAGAUUAGGAAAGGCUUAGACCCUGUUCACCACCGAGGCCCAAAGUAGAAAAGCCACAUCCUGAAAAGGAGGCAGAAGAAAGAGGCAGACCUGGCCCAAGAAGGGACCUUGGCUAGGAGUCUGUCCACUAUGUAACCAGGGAGGUUCCUUUCUGCACUGCAGCUGAAUAAAUGCACAAGUGUGAUCCACUAGGACACUGCCCACUACAUGGCCUGGGAGGCCCCUUUUCACACCAGAGCUAAAUAAAUGCACAAAUGCGAUCCACUAGGACACUGCCCACUACAUGGCCUGGGAGGCCCCUUUUCACACCAGAGCUAAAUAAAUGCAGAAGUGUGAUCCACUAGGACACUGCCCACUACAUGGCCUGAGAGGCCCCUUUUCACACCAGAGCUAAAUAAAUGCACAAGUAUGAUCCUCUAGCUCUCCAUGCAGUGGCCACAUGGAACAUGGGGCAUUUCCAGGGCAGAGGUCCAGGAAAAGCAGUGAGGGCCCAUCCCCACCCAGGACUGGGGUCUGAUUUCCUGCAGCCAUGCCAGUCAGCGUCCCUAACCACUAAGAUGGGGAUAACACAUGGGGUCCACUCACUGGGUGUGUGCUCCCAGCCUUACCACUUUGCUCAACUGUAAAGUGGGACUGAGAACCCCAUAGGGUUGUUAUGGAGAUUAAAGGGUUUCAUACUUGUAAAGCACACAAAACAGUGCCUGGCACAUCACAAGGACCAUGGAAGCGUUAGCACAGGCAUUCGUGUUAGUGGUACCAUGAGCGUUAGCACUAUUAGUAUGAGCAUCAGCAUUACUAUUGGCACUCGCAUUAAGAUUAUUACUAGCGUUAGCAUUAUUUUACUCUUGGUAUUAGCAUUAGUAUCAAUGUUCCUAUUAGCAUUAGUAUUACUAGUGAUAUUAGCACUAUUACUAGUGUCACUAUUAGCAUUACUGUUAUUAGCAUUAGCACUAGCAUUAGUGUUACUAUUAGCAUUAGCAUCACUACCUGUAUAAUUAUAGUAUUAGAAUUAGCAUUAGUGUGUAUUGUUAUUAGCAUUAUCAUUAGUGUUAGCAUUAUUACUAGUAUUAGCAUUAGCAUCUGGUAUUACAUCAGCAUUAGGAUCAGCAUUAGCAGUGACAUUAGUAUUAGCACUAGCAUUAAUAAUAUUACCAGCAUUUGCAUUACUACUGGUAUCAGCAUUAGCAUUAGCAUUAGCAUCCAUGUUACUAUUGCCAUUACUGCUGGUGUUAAUAUCAGCAUUUGUAUUGGUAUCAGUGUUACUCCUAGCGUCAGCAUUACUACUCACAUCAGUACUAGCAUUAGCACUGGCGUUGGUGGUACUAUUGGCAUUAGUGUUGCUAUUGAUAUCAGUAUCAGCACCAGCCUGCAUAUUAGCAUUAGCGUUCUGCAUCCUAGAGCAGGGAGAAAGACCCCACGCAGCACAUCAGAACUGGUGGCAACAUGUGUGGCUUCUCUUAUGUCUACUGAAUUUGAGAGUCACCUGGGGGCUGUCACGGUAGACAGAUGCCACACGGGAGACAGAGAAGCCGCAUCCCAUGUCCCAUGGCUGCCCUUAUUGGAAGUUCCACGUGUUGUGACCCCUGCCUCUGUCCAAUUAUCUCUUCUGUUCUCUUUGACUCCUUCCCAGAAGACGCUCCUGCAGGGCCCUCCAAGCUCUGGGGACCUGACUUUAUCAGCCUCUCCAGGGAGGACACCUGUUUUCUUCCCCCGUUCCCCGCAGCCCUGCGCGGGUCCUGGUGGUGGCUCUACCUUCCAGGCCGAGUUCGCCUGCAAGGUCUUGGGGGUGCCCCUCCCCCUCCCCAGAAUGGCAUCACGAGGCCCGGGCCUCCAUGCAGACCUGUCCUGUGCCGUCUCAGCCGCCCAAGCACUCCCUGCCAGCGGUGGGGCACAUCCAUCCCAGGAGGCCGGGACCUCGGGGAGAGCCCCCCCACGCUCCAUUUCUGUCCUCCCCGCGGGCUCUGUGGGUGGAAUGCGCCGCUUCCCACGUGCUGCCCUUGUCGUUGACAUUCUGAUGCAGUCUGUAAUCAACGCAAGCUUCAGCUCCUCUCAUUACUGGCUCUUGAAGGGAUUCUUCAGACUCAGCAAGAACAGCCGCCUCGUCAGAGGACAGCAUCUGCUCCCCCCGACCCCGCCCGCCGCCCGCGACAGACAGGGGGGUGCGCAUUUGCAUUCGGGUGCUCAGCCCGGGAAGGUGCCCGGGAGGUGCGGCCUGCUCUGCCGCUCCUGUCCGGGCUCCGUGGACUCUUCCCCUCACCUGAACCACAGGUGGCUCCUGUCCUGGUUCUGGGUCACGGAGCUGCAGGGUUCUCAUGGGGACACUGGGCACUACGGUCCCCACUCCACCUUUACAACAUGGACUCUGACCAGGGAAUGGGACUGGGGGCAGGAGUGUGUCCUCAUAGAUGUACGUAAUUUAAACCCCACAUGUUCCCAAAAAGGACCUAUCGCAAUGCAAUUACAACCCACAUAUCGUGAUUAAUUAAAAAACUAAACAGACCUUAAGAAAUGCGUAUGUGUGCACACACAUGUAAGCAUGUCUGGUGGAGGAGAAACGUGCAGAACUGCAACAGGACCAGAAGCUGGCAGGGACGCAAGCAAGUGCUGUAAGAUCUGACGUGAUUUUUAAGACGGGGCUGUAGGUUCAACUCUGAUUGUAGUAGCAGCGAAAAUGAAGAAGGAGUUGUGACAUUUUCCAAAGUUUAUUUUUGUUUUGAGCUAAAGUCACACCAGUGGCAAGGUCAAGAAAAGGUGACUGAAGAAGAUCUCAGUGCUCAGAAGGGGACGCAAGGUGGGUGCAGCCAGGUGGCAGCCAGGCCAUCAUGAUCGUCCUACAGUUAGCCAGGCAGACGCAGCCUGGCAGCACCCACAGAGGACCCUGGGAUUUCAGGUCAAAGGAAUUCUUCAAGGGGAGAUAAAAAAGAGACAGCUUUUUAGUGUCUUGGCUUAAUGGAGAGAUAAAAGCAGAACACCUAGAAGAAUAGAUGGGUCUGAGCAACUUGUCCCAAGGCACAGUCAGUGGGAGAUGGAGCCUGGCCUCGAACCUGGGUCUCCUGACACUGUGCCCAAAGGGCAAUGCCAAUCCUAAGCUGCUUCCGGCUGCCAUGCCUCUCCAAGCCACACCCGCCCCUGUGGCAUUUCUCUGUUCCGUGGGUUCAAUCGAUGAUGAUGUCAUGGAUAUUUGAAUUCCAUUGAGGUAAUUUCUAGUUUUAUACUUUCCCACUACGAACAUUUAAGGCCCAUUAAGAAGGCUUAAGUUACCCAUGUUUUCAGAGGUUUUCAGAGCUACCUAAAACAAACAAGAAAGCAUCUAUAAGUGUUUUAUUUUUGGUGUAAUUUCGAAUUCAUCUGUUGUCUCGUUUGAGACUAAGAAUUAAAAGAUUAAAAACAGACUUCCUAAGGGACAGUAACCAGGUAAGCCACAGUGGGUGUUCUUUCCAUAACACUGAAAAUUUAUUUGGUUUAGGAGGCAGACAUCUGAAAAGUAAACAGAGAAAAGCUCCCUAAGGGGGACCACAAGGUAGGCUGAAGCAAAAGUUUUCUCAAUAAAAACAGAAUUUAUUUGGUUUGAGAGGCAGACACUGGAGUAGCAAACGGAGAUGUUACAAAAAAAUAUAACCUGUCCCACCACAGAGAAAAUUCUGUGCAAGGCAUGGCCAUCACUCAGAGAUCUGCCCUAAAUUUAUAGAAAAUAUAGGCCAGAAAGGGAUAGAAUUGAAACUGAGUUGUUUGUUAUUCUCCUGAAGAGGGAAGAGCAGCUAAAAUCACCUUGAUUAGUUAUGAGCCCCUGACAUUCAGUGGAACUUUACUAUUUCACUGUCCUGGGUUUCUUUUCUUUUUUUUUUCCCCCGCUGUGGGACAAUGGUUUGAUUAGACUGUAUCAGCCCAGAGUCCCCUGCCCAAUCAGAAUUCAAAAGUUCCUGCUACCAGAGAUACCAAAGGAUCCAUUUCUUCAUGUAUAUAAAAAAAUAAACCCACAAUUUAUACGUUGAAGGCUUUUUUAAGUAACAUAUGCACAUGUAAAAAAAUUCAAAAAUUAUAAAAAUAAUAGAGCAAAAAAGCAUUUUCCUUCCCACUGCCAUCCCGUUGCCAACUGGAACCCUUCAUGGAGGUGGCUGCUGGGUUCUUCCAGUUACACAUAUGCGGGUGCGCGGCGGGCACACGGUGGGCACGUACACCAGCGCACACACUCCCCCCUUAUGUCGCAUGCUCUGUAUGUCCUGCAUUAACAACAGUUAUAGCAGAAUUUUGUUUCAUAUAAAAGCAUCUAAAAUGGCUCCAUUCUUCACACCUGUAUGACAUUUCAUUGCGUAGCUAUAGCGUGACUUGUUUGACCUGUUUUCUCUGCUGUUCUCAAUCUUUUGCAAUUAAAAUCAGUGCUACGUUGAGUAUCGUUUUAUGUAUGCCAUUCUCAUGUAUAGGACAAAUCAUUAGAAGUGGAAUGGCAGGGUCAAUGGUAUGAGAGAUUUCAGUGUUUAUAGCUCUUACCAGGUUUUUCCCCUCAAAGCUUUGCCUAUUGAGUCAUCUCUGCACCGCAAAGCCCGCUUCCCCAGCUCUUAACAGAAUAAUAUGUCAUCGGGUGCUUUAAUCUUUGUCUAAGUGACAGAUUUCUAAGCAUUAU